AUGGCUAAGUUAGCUCUGCUUUUCAUCUUCUGUGUGGUGGUGGCCGCGGCAUUGCCAGUGUUUUCAAGCAAUGGCCAAGGGGCAGAAGAUCUGGAGAAAUGGUUCCGAGGAAAAGGACAAAACACGGAGAAACUUACCAAACUGCAUUUCUAUUAUCAUGAUCUGCGCGGUAAAACCUCUGUUCUUGUGGCUCAGCAGCAAAACUCCAGCCCUAAGUCACCAAAAUUCUUCGGCAUGACUAGUAUCAUGGAUGAUCCUUUAACAGCUGGACCAGAGUUCAAGUCGAAGCUCGUGGGGCGAGUCCAGGGUCUGUUUUCCUCCUCUGCCAUAAAUGAACCAAGUCAUUUACUUUGUGUCAUGAACUUUGUGUUCACAGAUGACAAGUACAAUGGUAGCACUCUCACCGUUGUAGGCUAUAAUCCGACUCUCCAGAAGCACCGUGAGCUGCCUGUCGUUGGGGGGACUGGUGUUUUCCGCCUUGCACGUGGGGUGGCGCAGCUGAAAUUCUUUUAUUUUGAUGUUCCUGGUGGAAAUGCUACGGUUGAGUAUAAUGUUAUAGUUCAACAUUAUUAA